AUGGACGACUCGACCCCGACGCCCGCCCAGCAAAAACGUCCUCGCGUGGCCGAAGAAAACCGCAAGCGAGCUGUCCGAGCGUGCGAUGGUUGUCGCCGGGUGAAAGAGAAAUGCGAAGGAGGUGUGCCGUGUCGCAGAUGUCUGCGAUACCGCCGCCAAUGCAACUUUACUCACAUUGACCCCAAUGAAAAGACCCGGUCAACGUCCGUCUCACUUUUGGACCGAGCAGCCGCCCAGAGUCGAAAUGACAUCGCGGAGGCAGAACGGGUGCGCCUGAUGGAACGCCUCCUGUCGCAUUAUGUGCCCAAUAUCACUUUCGAUAUUCAGUCUCUGCGCCAGGCUGCGGAGGAUCUGAAGAGCAAACACCGCGAUUCCGAGUCCGAUGCGAUUUCUACCCGAGAAGACCCCAAUGAGCUGGAGGAUCUCGCCAUUGAUGAGGAGGAUUUUACAAUCAAAGCUAUGACCGAUAACACAACCCAAUAUUCCGGGGAAUUUUCAUACUUAAAUUUCACAAUGAAGAUCCGGAAGAAGAUCGAUGAAUGGAUGAAGACUGCAGCACCCGAGGCAACCUCCGAAGUUGAGCCCUUUGAAGAACGAUGGCGAAGUACACAACUCCAGUCCGCGUCACCUCAGGUGUCUGCCUCAAUUACAUGUCUGCCGCCGCGCUAUGUCGCCGAUUUUCUUGUCCAGAUCUUUUUCAAGUACGCACAGACCAAUAAUUUCUACAUUGAGGAAGACUGGUUAGUUGAGAAAUUGGGCAUCUGCUACACUGACCCUGAAAGUUUGUCAUUUGAUGAUGCAGGCGCGGUGUGCUGUAUUCUUAUGGUUCUGGCUGUGGGCACUCAAUUCGCACAUAUGGAGUCAUCCACACCCGUGAAUUGCUUGCCCACAGGCUCUACGGCAAAUCAAGACCACCACUUUUCGGAGGACGAGGUCGGACUCACAUUCUACCAAUUUGCCUCGAGGCUUUUACCAGACAUUAUCGCCACCGCUUCGGUUCGAAGUGUGCAGGCCUGUCUACUUAUUGGGACAUACUUGCUUCCGCUGGAUACUUCAGGGUUAUGCUACACAUAUUUUGGCCUAGCACUGAAAUUGGCUAUUCAAAAUGGAAUGCAUCGGAGGUAUCACGGCGAAGGCCUGUCUCCGCGCAUGAUUGAAGUGCGGAAUCGGGUUUUCUGGACAGCUUUUACUAUCGAAAAGCGUGUAAGCAUUCUCCAUGGCAGGCCAUCAUCGUUGUCGGACCGCGACGUUGAUGCUCCCCUGCCAGUCGAUUUCCCCGGAUUGAUGCCCGUCAAUCAACCCUCGAACCAUACAAAUAUGGUAACACUCAUAACAUUGACUUUGAAGCUUGGGGAGGUUUCAACUGAAAUUACCUCGUUGCGAAAAUACCGCAAAGAGCAACAGCAGGACUGUCUUGAACGAUUACUCAAUUUCCGGAAACAUCUGGUUGAUUGGUGGUCGACUCUACCAGAAGAGAUUACCUGUCGUGAUCUGAAUCCCGCAGGGCCGCUUUUCAGGUCUAAUGUCCAUCUCAAGCUAGACUACUGUCUGACUCGAGUCUUUAUUGGACGCCCUUUCCUUUUUAGUAGUAUUAAAGGCAUCUACCAGACCCCCUCUCAAGGCCCGCCGUACAAGGGGUCUUCCAGUCUGUCCGGUCUGUCAAAGAAUCGCGCGACUCUUGUUACAGAUUGCGUGGAAGCUGCUCUGGAAAUCAUCGAUCUGUGCCGCUUGCUCCGUGAUGAGACCGGUCUCGCGCGAGCCUCGUUUACCGAAUUUAGUUCAUGCCGUGCAGCUUUACUGGUCAUUUUGGCGCAGGGCCUGACCAAACGAACUGAAAGACUUGGUGCUGCCCUCGAGCAGGGAAUUUCCCUGAUCAAGAUCAUGUCUAUGGGUGUUGGCUCAGCCCGUUCAGCUGUCAGUGUCAUAGAGGCGCUCGAACGUGCCAUUCGCCGCCUCGAGGCAUGGAGCGAGACACAACCGGAGAUGAGCAGCGGGGGUGCCGUCGAGUCCGCCUAUGACCGGUUCAAAAACUGGGAGAUGCUUUGGAAAGCAGGGCCUAUCUCGCCGUCCACGCUCGCGUGGCAACAGCAGGAAACUUAUGCUUCAAGUGAGCAAAAUGUUCCGCAAAGCGUACCCUCCCAACCCUCUACAAUGGCAGGUCCGUCUACUCUUCUUCAUGGCAUGUCCCUGACGCCUCCUUCUGCGGCCAUGAUGGGUGUGGGCGGUGGUGUUCCAACUCCUGCUGCACCUGAUCAGAGCAUUCCAGAAGGCGAAGAAGUCCCACUCCCCGACAAUUUCUCCAUUUCUCAGCAAUCCCUCUCACAGAUGCCACACUUUGGCUUUGAUCAUUUCGUUUCCAAUUUCCCACAAGAGUUGGGCGAGUUCACUGCUAUUCCUUGCUUCGAGCCAGAUUCCCAGGGUCAAUCGAAUGGGUUGCCUGGUGCUGAAAUGAAGGCGCCAGGUAGCAGGUCUGACCCCCCUCACUGGCUGAACUUCAUGAGGGAUCCAUGA